AUGUCAAUAAGACAAAGAAUCCUUAAAGAAUACAGAACUUUAGAAUACAACAAACUUCCCGGAAUAGAAGUCAUCUUAACUGAAAACCUUCAUCAAUUUUAUGCUGAUUUGAAAAUCACAGAUAAUGAUUUAUACCCAAAUACUUAUCGUCUCAAAAUAAGUAUACCUGAAGAUUAUCCAUUUGUUGCACCAGUUGUUGUUUUCGUUAGAGAUGAAGAUGAAGGUAUAAAUGAGAUCCCAAUACAUCCUCAUAUCUAUUCAAAUGGUCAUAUUUGUCUUGAUCUUUUAGGUCCAGGUUGGGUACCUGUUCAAACUGUUUCUUCAUUGCUAUUAUCAAUCCAAUCAAUCUUAGCAAGUAAUGAUAGAAAUGAAAGACCUCCAGAUGAUGAAAGAUAUUGUAAAGGUGCUCCAAAAAACCCUACAAAGACUCGUUUCACUUAUCAUGAUGAAACAGUAUAG